AUGAAUCGUCUCUCAAAACCAUUCCUUUCUACAAUUGAAAAGCUAAAAAUAUGGAACACUACGUUAGCUGAUGAAUUUGCGCAACUUGCAAAUCGACAAAGCGAUACUACAUUCAUUAUUCAUUCUAUUAAAUUUGAAAAUGAUUCCAUUUCACAUACUAUUCCACCGCCGAAUGUUCUGUUUGAAUUCACACUGCCAAACUUUAACAACAGUGAUUAUCGUUUGAUCCGCCUUGUAGUACCUAUUUCUUAUCCAACAGUACCUCCUACUGUAUUUCUUGAGGACAGAAAUGGAAAUUUUCAUUCAUACAAGAAUCUAUUGUUAGAUCUCUGGAAAAACGAGCUUUCCGUUUUUAACUUGACCCGUCUUAUUCACAUUCUCACAAAUCAACCGUUCCUUAAGAAAGAUCAACAAGAAAUACCGAUAGCUCCUCCAAAACCAAAACCAAAAACGCCAACGACGGCUCCCACUAGUCUCUCAAGUAACUUUCACUCCUUGUCUUUAGGUUCAUCCAAACCUCCCAUCCCUGCAAAACCCUCGCAUCCUAUAACAUCUCAGGUCCCUUCCACAGAAAAACUAUCAAUCCAAGAAAAGAAGGAUAUCCAUUCCGCUCCUAGUGUGCCACCACAUCCAACUCCUUAUGCAAGUUCCUUCGUAGAUGCAUCUCAGACGGAUAUUCCAACAGAAAAGCCAUCUUCGCCAUUAUCUAUGGGGAUGAGAAACAUACAGAAACCACCUGCAUUACCUCCAAAGCAAACAGGUACUCCAAUUCCAUCCAAAUCGUAUAUAAGCGAGUCAUUCCCACAAACAACCGGAAAUACUAUUCCGUCCAACAAUUCUACAAUGAAUUUAUUAGACGAAGAUAUUAAUUUUUCAGCAAACUACAAAGAUGGUGAAAGUGAAAGACGAAGAAUAGAGCGCCAACGUUUGGAUGAAAUAAAAAAUCGUUGGAAAGAACGGGUCGACUCAAAACUUUUGCAGCAGAUCAAGACGUUUCAAAGUCUUCGGUUAAAAAAAGAAUUGUUGGAUAACGAAAAGAAUUCACUUCAAGAAUUAGCAAAAGAAAUCGACAAGAAAAGAUUUUUACUGGGAAUAACUAGGAGAAAGCUCCGUGAAGAUUUACAUAGAGCUACAGCCGCUGAAAGCCUACCGAUUGAGGAGCUUUAUACGAUACCUUCAAUAAUUGAUAGGAAAAGGUACAAACUAACCUCCAAUGAUGCAGUUUUGAACAAUAGCAUACAAGCAUUAAAUUCCGCAUUGGUUCAAGAAUCAGUUUCUAUUCAAGGGUGGAUGAAAGCGGUAAAAUUGCUUGCCAGACAACAGUUUUUUAUUCGUGACGAUAUGCUUCAUCUGUAG